AUGAUGGACAAAACAUCGGGCAAUGUGGCUCGUCGAGCCUUUCGCGGCGUGGCCCGAGGCGUCCAGGCCGUCACUCGGAAGAUGUUGUUUUGGCGACCGAGGAAGAGUAAUAUUAUCAACAACAAUAACAACAACGACAACAAAAGCAACAAGAAGAAGAACAACGGCGAGAACGAUAUUUAUGACAAGAAGGACAACAGCUACAAAAACAAAAACAACGACAACAACUACAACAAAACAACUACAACAACUACAACGACUACCACAACUACUACCACAACAACUUCUACCACAACAACCACAACAACCACAACAACCACAACAACCACAACAACCACAACAACCACAACAACCACAACAACCACAACAACCACAACAACCACAUACAACCACAACAACCACAACAACCACAUCAACCACAACAACCACAACAACCACAACAACCACAACAACCACAACAACCACAACAACCACAACAACCACAACAACCACAACAACCACAACAACCACAACAACCACAACAACCACAACAACCACAACAACCACAACAACCACAACAACCACAUCAACCACAACAACUACGGCAGAAGACUCCAAUACAACCGCACGAUGAGCCGGAUGCAUCGCAACAACUACUUCGCCGGCUAUGCCGCGCGAGCCGGUCUCCCCCCCGACCCCCAAUCACCGGCGCAACAACACCUGCGACGACCGGCACCGGCCACCAAGCAGGCCAAGCAGGGCAAGGAGGGCAAGGAACGGAAGCCCCGGCCGAUCCGCGCCAUCUACAACACUGCCACGGGCCAUCUCCUGGCCCCGGAGCCUCGGCAAGCCUACCUCGCAUGGUAUGACGAGGAUUUGGAGCACGCCAGAGUCGUACGUCCGGCACGGCUGGAGCCAGCAAGACAGGCACGGCCAGCACGACCGGUGCGACCGGUGCGACCGGCGCAAUCUCCGUCUGCGGAUCUGGCACCGCGGGCCCCUCUCCCCAGAGUCCUUCCGAACCGCUUGGAGGCCCACAAUGGGAACAAGAACAGGCGCAGUGCUGUGCCAGUGGCUGACGGCGUGGUGGACGCGGAGUCGCCAUUGGACGACAGCGAUGACGAGUCGGUGGUGUCAGUUCCACCCAGAAUCCAGGGCCGGGCAUACUCCAUCUAA